AUGAACACGCACAGCGACAUCGACGCGCCUACCGUGUCUGCAGUCGAAUUGAAGCUGCCCCUCUUUUGGCCUGCCGACCCCGAGCCCUGGUUCAUUCAAGUCGAGGCACAAUUCGCCGCCCGGUGCAUCACAGCCGACCUCACGCGCUACCAUCACAUCGAGACACUCUUUCGACGCCUCACACCAUCCGAACCCGAAAGGUUACGGCAGCUCCUGAACGACACGGACCUUGGCGACCGCACGCCAUCUCAACUACUGCGCCACAUGCAGCGUCUUGUCGGAAGCGUUACAGGUCUCGACAGCACGCUGCUGCGCGAGAUAUUUCUUCAGCGUCUCCCCAGCAACGUGCGCGUGGCGCUUGCUACGGUGGCUGAAAAGGAUAUCGGCAAGAUGGCCGCCAUCGCUGACGCCAUCAUGGCAGCGGCAAACCCCUCCGCCUCCGUCGCUAACGUGCAAGUGGAGAGUGCUGCCCCCUCUCCCAACGAAUUCCUCGAGCUUCGCGAAGAGAUGGCGCGCCUCACCGAAACAGUGGCAGCUUUGCAGGCACGCACCUCGCGCCCUUUGGAGCAGCGCAGUGCACAACCACAGCAGCCGCGACUCCGCUGGUGCUGGUACCACAGGAAACAUGGCGAUGCUGCGCGCAAAUGUGUUGCGCCCUGUGGCUAUCCGGGAAACGCCAGAGGCCAGCAUUGA